AGAAGGAGUAGGGCCGCCAUACUUCCGUGUGUUAGCCCGAUUUCUACAGAAGAAGAAGAAGAAGAAGUAGAAGAAGUAGAAGAAGUAGAAGAAGAAGGGGGUAGAUCGCUGGUUUUAUUUAAACCACUGAGAGGAUAAGUGUACGCAUUUGAGAACGCUGCAAAGUAGGCUAAGGGUCCCGAGAAGAUUGCUGGAAGCUCCUUUACCAUGAGUUCUGAAAAAUCUGGAGACACUAUAACAGUGGAGACAGCUGCUGCUACUGGUCCAGCUGCAUUGAAAUGGGGGUUUAAGUGCCCCCUGAGUGAUCCUAACAUUCAGAGAGAUGAUGUGAGAAAGGUCUGGAAAGAAUGCCAGGAAGAAAGCUUCUGGUACAGAGCUCUUCCCCUUUCUCUGGGCAGCAUGGCUGUAACAGGUGGUCUCAUCUACAAAGGCAUUUGGAGCUCAUCAAAGCGAUUUGGUCCCUUUCCAAAGCUAGCAGUUGCUGGGAUCCUUGGUUAUGCAUUGGGGAAAGCAUCUUAUGUUGGAACUUGUCAGAACAAGUUUCAGAAGCUUGGCGUUAGUGUUGGACCAGGAUUUGGACCCUGGCCUGGUCCUGGACGCAGCCUCAUCAGAAAUGCCGCAGGACUGACUGUCAGUGUGGAUCCAAGGUGGCAGCAUUUCUGCAUUAUAAACACCACAUAAUAUUGUAUCAUUUAUAAUGUGAAACAAUACACAAUAGUGCCACUAGAGGGGGCUACUCUCUUUUCUGUCAGAUCUUUUUUUCUUGGGGUUUCCAGUUUGAUAUGAACAAGUCUGGCUUUAUUUGCAGGAGCAUAGAAUCUCUUGCAUGAUAAAAGCAAAAGGAAAAAAAGAUAAAGCGUAAAUCAUAUAGUUUAAUUAUCUGUCAAACACGGUGGCAAUUCUGUUAUGGCUUGCGCUUGUAAAGGCUGGCAAUGGAAGUGGUAAACUGACAUUUAUUGAUGAUGUCACUAAUGACAGAAGCAACAAAAUAAAUGCAGAGGUGUACAGGAACAAUCAUCCAAAGAGCUUUUCAGGGUGAAGAGGUAGAAUAUCCUUCAGUGAGUCAAUCACUUGUUGAAGACCAAACUAAAGGCAGAGAGAAUCUACAACAAGCAAAGCUGAGGGACACUGUAGUGAAAGAGAAGUGUCUGCUGAUGUCUAUGGCCUGAAGACCUCAGGCAGACACUGACUGCAUAGGCUUUUUCACCAAAUAUUAAUUCUGGUUUUGUUUGACUUAAUAUGCAGUAUAUUUGCAGUUAUUUCUGAACUCUCAAAUUUAUGGUAUUAUGUGUUAGUAAUAAUUACUAUAUCUCUCAUACAGUUCUUUCUGUAUUGAUGUAAAGCUACUCUAAUUAACCUGAAGCUUUGCACUUUAAUGCAGUAUCCUUUUUUUCAAGUUUAAUGUAAUAAAACACUUGGCCUGAAAUUA